AUGAUGCAAAACAUUUCGAAUUUGAAAUGUGUCAAUAUUUGUGUGGUUGGCGUCAGUGGUCCGGAACAAGUUAAAGGCGCAUGCGGUGUUGGCAAAUCAUUGUUUUGUAAUCGAUUUGUUCGUGGCGCUGCGGACGAUUUUCAUAUUGAUCAUUGCUCAGUUUUGUCGCAGGUUGGUUUUUCUUGAGCUUCUUUUGUAGAGCUCAAAAUUCUGCAUAGCGUGAGGUAGAUAGUGCGGCUGGCGCGGUUUACACUUGAAAAAAACAAAAAAAAUAUCAGAGGGACUAAGUUUUUCCUAGUCCCCGUGUGUUUGAAUCCUAGUCCCUUGGAUUUUUUGUUUUUUUUUCGGCUCGCGCGCGGACCAGUUUUUGUGCCUUUUCUAAGUCAAAACGAAUAUAUAGGUGUCUCAAAUUUUUUAAAACUCAAUGCUCUUUGAAUUAAGCUUUAACUGGAUUUUCAGAAAUUUCUUCAAAGCACUGAAAAUCGCCCCUCAAAAAACUUUUUCGAUUUUCAGACCGAUUUUGGUGGCAGCCCGGUAAUCAACAAUGAUCAUUGGCUAUACUGGGGUGACCGGAUUCUUCAAAACCCUGAAGAUUCUUCACAAAUCCUCAUAAAACUUGUGGAACAAACCGAAUUCUUGGACGAUGAAACUUAUGAGCCAAUUGCGAGCAGUUCGAAAAAUGAAGAUUAUUCGAAAAGAUGCGCAAGAAUUGUAUUAAAUAGUCGUGAUAAGUUAAUGUAUAUACAAAAAGAACAAUUGGGUCUGGAAGCCGAUUUUCCGCAGCAUAUUUUGAGCGAUGGAAAAUUUGCCGUAGAUGGUUUUAUUGUGAUAUUUGAUGUUUCCCGGAAUAUUCCUCAACAUUUAUUAAAAAUCUCGCAAAUUCUAACAAACCUGGUGAAAACAAAAAAGCCCCUAAUUAUCGCUUUAACUAAAUGCGAUGAAAUUGAUGAGGAGUCAAAGCGGAGUGUUGUUGCAAAUCUGAAUUCGAGAAAGGAUUUGAAGAAUUUGCAAAUUGUUGAAGUUUCAUCGAUUCAUGAUGUUAAUAUUGAAGAGGUUUUUCAUUGUUUGGUCUCACAGAUUUCGAAAAAUUAUAAACAUAAAAGAAAACCGAUGAGUUAUUAUGAAGCAGCACAUUAUGUUGAGCAAAGGAAUAUUCAGAUAAAGUAAGGAUUUUUGGGGAAGGGGGAAUUUGAAAAUUAUGAAAAAUUGGUACGUUUUGCACUUGAAAUUUGAAUUUUCGAGAACUAAACUUCAAAAAUUAUCGAAAAAUUCACGUGGCGUAGCGAAAAUUGUAAUUUAAUUUUUGUUACUUUCUGAAAAAGUUCAAAAUUUCCCUGAACCUUUUUUUGGCUCAACACAUUUUGUUUUAAUUUUGAAUAUCAAAAUUGGUAGAAGAGUUAUCAGAAAUAAAAUUCAUAUUAUUUUUUAUAGAAAUUUUGAAACAGUGAUUUUUUUUUGACAAAAUAUUUAAAAAUCACCAUUUUUGGAGGGUAAAAAGAUCGUGAAAAAUCCCAAAUUUCAGCCAAAUCAAUAAAUUUUAAUUUCAGAAAUGCCUACGCCAACCUUCUCUCACAAAUGAUGCCAAUGACAUCUUGGUCUUCAAUGACCGGCUCAUUUGGCUCAAGUCAUUUGCCAAAAACUUGGAAACGACUUUUAGCAGAUUUGGAUCGACACAAGGAUUAUUUGAAUUUUGUGCAGAUUUAUGGAAGUCGCGCGGCUUUUAGAAUGUAUGAAAAAUAUAUGUGCGAUGCUAGAGAAUUUUGGAUCACUUCCAGGUAAUUUUGGCUGGAAAAUUCUGAAAAUCUGGCUGAAAUUCAGCAACUAAAGUUUUUGAGGCGGGUUUUUCAUAAAUUUCCAAGUUUUUCUGAAAAUUGAACUAAAUUUGUGCUGAUUUUUUAAUAAAUAAAAUAAAUGAAUUUGUAGAGCUUGAAAUUUUGUGCAAAAUGAUGUCAGACUAGAUUUUCAAAUUUCUAAAAAGCCCCUGAAAAUAAACCUAUUUUCAGUGCAUGUUUAGAGUCAUUUUGAAGCCCGCUUCUCCCCUCAACUUCCCCUAACUCUCAAAAAUUCCAGACUCCGCGCAUUGGUUCCCCAACUCUCACGAAUCUACGCCUCAAUUUUUGAAAAAAUCGAAGAUAUUUCAUCAAUCGAAUGGGUAAAAGCAAGAGAAAUGAUCAAAACUCAUGCACUUUUCGACGAAUUUUUUCGACCAAUCGGAAGUUUGGGAAGACAAUUGGAAACAUUGCAAGAUGAUUUAGUAGAAAUGAACAAAGAUAUGCGAAUUCCAGCUGAGAUUCUGAUUUUACCCGAUGCUCAACAAGUUUAUGAGAAUUUUCGAGAAGAGAUUCGAACUCUUAGGAAGCGGGAGAAAUUGGAAGAUGAGUUCUUGCAACUUUUAUCGGAGACUCCUGAAGUUACACCGGGAAAAAGUCUGCAAGAUGCAUCGUUGUUUUUGCAUGGGGCAAGCUCUUUUGAAAAUCUUGAGAUGACUCAAAUUGUGGAGAUUUAUGAUAAGUAUCAACGCGGUUUGGUUUAUCGCGCCGAAGUCGAAUUUGUGGAAGCGCUUCUGGAGAAUGUGGAAUUACUAUUGAAUAUUAUUAAUUCAACGAUUUCGAUUGAUACAAUAUCGAUUGAUGAAUUAGGAUAUAUAAAGGAUUAUUUAGAAGGAGAUCGAAGAUAUCGAUGGAUGUCAAAGAUAUUUGAUCUUAGAGAUCAUCUAAUCUACUCGAUUACCAAUUUCUAUAGAAAUCCAAAUAUUUCACGAUGUCCAGCGGGUUCUCGAUGUGUCGAAAAUUCUCUGGGACACUUUUUGGAUAAGUUUUUCCAUCGGCGGAAUGAUCAGGCCUAUACUCAUCUCAUUGAUAUUUUGGUCGAGGGUUCUGAAGAUGAUCAAUUGGUUUCGCAGUUUAUUGGAGAGAUUUCGGGGUUUUUGAGAGGUGAUCCGUUUCCUUGUUCAAGUGGAAGCGCUUUUAUUCGAUGUUAUAAAUGUUCGGAUUUCGAAAGUUUGGAAGAAGAGAGAGAAGUUACGGAGAUUUAUUUGAUUGAUAGUUUGGAAUCUUUGGAAAGAUUGAAGGAGUUUGCACCGAGAUGUCCUGGAAUUCCACCGAUUUUUAUAGGUGAGUCAGAUUCUGAUUGUGAGCAAAAUGAGCUCAAACUUGAUUUUCAGACUUCAGAAUUUUAUGCUCUUCAAAAUGAGCCUAAACUUGAUUUUUAAAUUCCUGAAAGUCUAGCUCAAAAGUUCUGAAAAACUGACAAAAAAUGUGUUUUUCCAGUGCUCUGCGAGCCUUCAAAUUAUCAUAUAAUCCCAAUGCUCCAUCAACACGGCGCAAGUUUGGCUGCGAAAUUCGGCGCGAAUUUUUUCGGAGCCAAACAAGGUGAUUCAAUAUAUCCCUCGGAUGAUCAUGCUUCAACAAAUAUUUCAUCGGAAAAUAGUUUUUUAUUGGCAAAUGAUCAAUUAAUGGCAAUUUGUGAAGCAAUUUGUGCUAGUCAAUUAACAAUGAAAAAACGAGAUUUGCGAACACAAAUAUCAAUAAUGUGUGGUGAUCCGAUAUCGAUUGAUUUGUUGAUUCAAUCGAUUUUUGGUGAUUUUGAAAUGAUCUCCUAUUUUCGACCUGUUAUUCAUCCGAAUUUGACUGCUGGUAAGAGAUUUUUGGGGAUUUUGCCCUAAAAAGAAAUCGGAUUUUGUUUCCACAAUGUCUUUUCUAUGCAUUCUGGAUUCAAAUUUUUUAAAGCUUUAUUAAUUUUUGCGGUCAAAAUUAACUCAAUAUUGGUGCAAAAAAAAUUCACUGUUCCAAAAUAUUUUCAUAAAUUUCAGCUAAUAUUAAAUUUUGAUAAACAUUUAAAUAGCAUUAAAAAAUUUCUAGAUUCAAAUUUUUAGCCAAAAAACCCACGUGGGAAUGUUUAUAAUUUCUGGAGCCAAAAUUUUCAAAAAUGAAACUUUUCAGUUGAAAAAAAAUCACUGUUUCAAAAUAUUUUUGAACAAUAAUUUUUUAAAAAAUUUUUAAUAACAUUUUUUUUUCUUCUUCGAAAAAUCUUGAAUUGUGGCGUCAAAUACUAAUGUUUUUUCAAAUAGAAAAUUCACUGUUUCAAAAUAUUUUCAAACAAUUUUCGAGAAAUGGAGUCUUGUUUCCACAAUACUUUUUCUAAACAUUUUAUGUAGUUGAAAAAUUCACAUUAAACAUUCUAGAAAUCUUGGCACCAGAAUUUUUAUUAGAAUUUAUCAACAUUCAACUUUUUUUAAUCGGAAAAAUUCACUGUUUCAGAAUUUUCAUAUGAAAUUUUGCAAGAAAAUUAAAUUUUGAUUCGAGUAGUUUUGGAUUCGAUGAAAAUCUAGGUUCAUUUUUUAAGCUAGGAAAAACCGCGUGUAAAAUCCUUUAAUUUUUUACGCGUUUAAAAUUAAGAUUCAAGUUUUGAGUCUGAAAGUGCCAAGUGAAAAUCCUGAAUUUUCGGCGACACCAAAUAUGCUAGAAAUUUCACUGUUUCGAAAUAUCUCCAAAUAAUUUUUGGGAAAAUUAAAUUUUUUUGGAGCGUUAGCCGAUCUACGUUGAAAAUUUCGAUUAAAAUUUUUAGCCAAAAAACUACGUGGGAAUGUUUAUAAUUUCUGGAGCCAGAAUUUUCAAAAAUGAAACUUUUCAGUUUAAAAAAAUUCACUGUUUCGAAAUAUAUUUGAAAAAUAAUUUAAAAAAAUAAUUGUUUUUCCAAAUAGAAAAUGAACUGUUUCAAGAUAUAUUUUCAUAAAAUUUUCGAGAAUUGGAAUAUUGUUUCCGCAGUGAACACACCUGACGAGAGAGUGUCCCAAAUUUUUUGUGCAGUGUGAAAAUUUUUUUCAAAAAAAUGUGCAGCGUGAAAUUUUUAAGUUUUUCGAAAAAAAAACUCCGCCGGCAGGAGGAUUCGAACCCUGGUCUCAUGCUCGCUAGUCUAAAAUGCUAACCUCUCGGCCACAUCUCUCUUUUCUCCCAAUGGGAAAAUGUUGGUGGAAAGGAAACUGUUUUUAAACGAAUGCGUUGCAACGUUGCUCAAAUUUUGUAGUUAGGAUAACUAAGCUUAGGCUUAACGGAUAUGGUUGAAUUUUUUAUGAUAGAUUGCUAUGGUCAUAGACAGUGUGGAACACCAUGAGUGCAGUGUGGAAAUGCCCUAUUUCGCUGUUAUUUUGGAGUGUCCAUUUCAAUGGUAAAUAUGGACAUUACAAAAAAUCGGACGGCAUUUUUUUCCGAGCACAUAUCAAGGGUUGGUAUAUUCAGAAAGUUGGUGUAUUUUUAAGCGUAGUUUUCGAAUUUACCCAUGUGCAGUGUGGAAUUUGAAGUUUUUCCAUAGAAAGUCAAUUUUUUCGAAAUUUCAGUGACACUAUGGUUUGCUAAGCAGUCACGUAAAUUCCACACUGCACAUUAUGUUACCACACUAAAACAAAGUCUGCUGAGUUGAUUUUCACCGAGAAACUUCGAAAAAUUCGCAAGCUGAAGUUGUUUUUGAAGUUGAGCAAAAAUAAAAAAAAGCUUUGGUUCGAAUGAAGAUUCGAACCUGGGCCUUCUGAACACUAGCAAAAUGGCCUACCACUGAACUAAAUGCGCAUUUAUUUCCUCAGGUUAAAUGUUGGUGAAAAGGAAACAAAGUUAUUUUUUGAAAAAAAUGCAGUGUGAUUUUUGAAAAAUGUACAGUGUCCAUUUUGGACACGUCUCGUCAGGUGUGGCAGUGAACUAAAAAUUCUAUGUAGUUGAAAAAUUGACGUGGAAAAUUCUAGAACUGCUGGAACCAGAAUUUUCUUAGAAUUAGAAUUUUCAAACAACUUUUUCAAUUGGAAAAAUUCACUGUUUCAGAAUUUUCAUAUUGAAUUUUGCAAGAAAAUUAAAUUUUGAUUCGAGUAGUUUUAGAGUCGAUGAAAAUCUAGAUUCAUUUUUUAAGCUAGGAAAAACCGCGUGUAAAAUUCUUUACUUUUUGACGCGUUAAAAAUUAAGAUUCAAGUUUUGAGACCGAAAUUGCCACGUGAAAAAUCCUGAAUUUUUGGCGACCUAUUGUCCGUUUGGAAAUGAGAUUCACCCCGCAAAAAAAUAAAUUUGAAUUUGAGAAAAUCUCUAAUUUCCCCCUACCCCCGCGAUGCGUGUGCGUUGCGGUCGCUCUCCCAUACAAAACCCCCGUUGGCUGUUUGCCAGCGGGCUCUCUCGCUGUCUGCGUCUCCUGCAGCAAAUUCAAAUUUAUUUUUUCGCGGGGUGAGUCUCAUUUCCAAACGGACAAUAAUAUGUUAGAAAACUCACUGUUUCAAAAUAUUUUCAAACAAUUUUUGAAAAAUUUUGAUUUCGAUCCGUCUAUGCCGGACUCCAACCAAAAAAUAUAUAUUCAAGUUUCUUAGCUGAAAAAAUUCAACGUGGCAAACUUUUUAAAUUUUUGACGGCAGAAUGUUCAUAGAAUUUGGAAAAAUUCACUGUUUCAAACUAUUUUUUGAAAAAUAAUUUUUAAAAAAAUAAUUGUUUUUCCAGAUAGAAAAUUAACUGUUUCAAAAUAUUUUCAAACAAUUUUGGAGAAAUGGAAUCUUGUUCCCACAGUGAAUAUUUUUUCUAAAAAUUCUAUGUAGUUGAAAAAUUCACGUUGAAAAUUCUAGAACUUUUGACACCAGAAUUGUCUUAAAAUUAGAAUUUUCAACAACUUUUUUAAUUGGAAAAAUUCACUGUUUCAGAAUUUUCAUAUUGAAUUUUGCAAGAAAAUUAAAUUUUGAUUUAAGAAGGUGCAUUCGAUAAAAAUCUAGGUUCACAUUUUUUAAGCUAGGAAAAACCGCGUGUAAAAUUCUUUAAUUUUUGACGCGUUUAAAAUUAAGAUUCAAGUUUUGAGUCUGAAAUUUCCACGUGAAAAAUCCUGAAUUUUCGGCGACACCAAAUAUAUAUGUUAGAAAAUUCACUGUUUCAAAAUAUUUUCAAACAAUUUUUGAAAAUUUUUGAUUUUGAUAUAUCUUCUACUCCCAUUAAAAAUAUAUAUUCAAGUUUCUUUGCUGAAAAAAUUCAACGUGGCAAACUUUUCAAAUUUUUGACGGCAGAAUGUUCUUAGAAUUUGGAAAAAAUUAAUUUUUCAAAAAAAAAUUCACUGUUUCAUAAUACUUUUAUAAAAUUUUUUCGAAAAUUGAUAUUUGAUACACAAUCUUCAACUGUCAUGAAAAUCCACGUAAAAAAUCGAAUUCGCUAAAACUUUUAGCUCCAAAACCUCAUACUUCUAUUUUUACAGCUGGUCUCGUCCCAAUCGACAUUCAAUCACCCCAAAAAUCAUCUCGAAAAUCGCGUGUCGAACUAUUUUUCACAUCCUUCCACUCGUGGUUUUCGCCCAAUUUGUCAUAUCGAAUUAAUUCAACUCAGGCACAUAUUCUAGUAUACUAUUCAGGGUAAGCCUCCCGCCUCCCUCUUUUUUUUUCAUUAUUUUUUGUUGUCUCUGGCUCUUUUCUGGCUCUUUUCAACCCAUAUUCGCUUCAUUAAAUUGACCUCUUCUUUUUGUUGUUUUGGGAGGAGAAGAAGAAGAAGAAAUUUUAUUUUAUUUUAUUCUUCUUCUUUCUAUUCCCCCAUUUUUUCUCCAUUUUUUGGAAUUUUAAUGAAGCAGAGCUCUUUUUCUACCCCCAAUAUAUAUAUAUAUAGUUUUUCGGCUCCCAAAAAAUCCCAUUUUUUGCAGAAGACCCGCCAGUUUUUGCCACGUCAAAACUGCGAUUUGUCGAAUUUUGGCGCUGAAAAACCCUGUUGAAAUUGGUAUUUUUGUAGUGGCGAUUUGUGAGAGACAAUUUGAGAAUGUAGGUUUUCUUGGGGCCAAAACAAAUGUGGGUUGCUCAAAAAAGGUCCCUAAAUUCCAUGUUUCAUGUCAAUUUUCGACGAAAAAUUCUAAACAGAAUAAAACUUUUGAAACAGUGAAUUUUUGGGAUUAUUUUUUGCAAAUAUUUUUAUUACGAUAAUGAAAGAAACUAUGAGAUCAAGAAUUUUACACAGAAAAAAUAAUUAUAAAUUUUUUGAAACAGUCAAUUUUUUGAGAAUUUUUUUCUUGAGUUCUAAGUUUUUAGCUGAAGAUUCUUGAAAAAUUGUGCUCAAAAUCCAUUUUUUUUAUCCAAAUUUCAUUGUCAGCCACAUCCGAACACCAAUGUUAAAGACAUUUAAUUGUUAUAAAAUUUUGAAACAGUGAAAUUUUGGGAUUAUUUUUUGCAAAUAUUUUUUUUAAUAUGAAAAUGAUAUCAAGUAUGAAAUCAAGAAUAACGUAUUAUUAUUAUUAAUUUUACACAGAAAAAAUAAUUAUAAAGUUUUUGAAACAGUCAAUUUUUUGACAAUUUUUUUUGAAUUCUAAGUUUUUAGCUGAAGGUUCUUGAAAAUCCAAUUUUUAUAUUAAUUUUAAAGCGACCACAUAACACGAGUUCUAAACAAAAUUGAUUAUUAUAAAAAUUUUGAAACAGUGGACUUUUUUUGGAUAAAUUUUCGCAAAAAUUCAAAUUCUGAUGAAAUAUCAAACAGGUUAACAAUAAUUUUUAACAGAAAAAUACAUUAUUAACAUUUUUUGAAACAGCCAAUUUUUUUUACAAUUUUCUUCUCGAAUUCUAAGUUUUUAGUUGAAGGUUCUUGAAAAAUUGUGCUCAAAAUCCAAUUUUUAGCGACACAACACGAAUUCUAAACAAAAUUAAUUGUUAUUAAAUUUUUGAAACAGUGGACUUUUUUUGGAUAAAUUUUCGCAAAAAAAUUAAAUUCUGAUGUAAUAUCAAAUAAAUUAACAAGAAUUUCAAAGAGAAAAAUACAUUAUUAACAUUUUGAAACAGUCAAUUUUUGGACAAUUUUUUUUUCGAUUUUUAAGGUUUAAGCUGAAGGUUCUUGAAAAAUUGAUUAAAAUUCAUUUUUUUUAAUCGAAUUAUCAGUCGCAUAAUAACACGAUUAUAAAAUUUUUGAAACAGUGGAGUAUUUUUGGAUAAAUUUUCGCUAUAGCAAUCCUAGGAUGACUGAAAAUAUCCAAAACUUGAUUUUCUUACGAAAAUUUUGAAACAGUAAAUUUUUAAAAGGUCUUUUUUUUUAAAUCCUAGUUUUUUGCGCAAAAUUUUUAGGAUAAUCUAGAAAGUUAGGGUAACGUUGGACAUGCGCGGAAGAUCAAGCGAAUCGGCUCAAUAUUCCGAACAGCGACAAAGUUAUCCUAAUUUUCUAGAUUUGAGAAAAGUUAGGGUAUCUCAUUGUUUCUUGUGUCUUCGCUACAUAUUCCCUAUUUUGUCUAGCAUUUUUUCUUUUCUAAAAUAAGUUGUCACAAAAUGUGUGUAUUUAUGUGUAUGUUUUCGCUUCUCUUUCGAGAACAAAUACUCUGCUGUUUUUAGUGUUGAAAAAAUUUGAAGAACGAGAAGAAAAAAGAUAAAAAGCUGUGUUUUUUGGGGUGAUGCACUUGAGAAACAAAAAGACUGCUCUUUGUAUUAUAUAUAUCUCAAUCUAGUUAGAAAACCCUUUUUUCAGUGGAUUUUUGAGAUUUUCUGCCAUAUCGCUAUUUUUUGGUGCUGGAGCUGAUUUUUGUUCCUAAAAAAUUCACUGUUUCAAAAAUGUUUUGAAUUAAAUAUUGUUUUCUCAAAAUUCUGAAUUGAAAAAAAUCACUGUUUCAGGAUUUUGCAAAGAAAAAAUGUUUUCUUCAAUUUUUUGCUUCUUCCGAUAUCUUUAUUGAAAAUCGAAAAUAAAAAAAUCGUAUUUUGGCCACGUGGCAAAUUUUUAUAUGAAAAAAAAACCUUUUGAAUAAUUUUUUUCUUCGAGUUUUUGCUAACAUUUUUUGUUAUCUGUUCAAAAUUUGAAAUAAUUGCAGAUUUUUUGCCACGUAGCAAAUUUUCUCUAUGUAUCCGAAAAUUAGUCAAUUUUAAACAAAAAUACAAAUUUCCGCCACGUGGAAUUUUUUCGCGCGAAAAAAUUCUGAGUUUUUCAGAAAGAAUGUUUUUUUUUAAUUCACUGUUUCAAAAUUUGUUGAUAAAAAUUUUUUUCUUCAAAUUUUUAAUGAAUGUUCUAUUUGAAUAAGUCAAAAAAAAAUUUUGUCACAUGGCAAUUUUUCACAUCUACCUACAAUUUCUUCAUUUCAGGAUCCACUAGCCAUUGAAGGCCGCGAAAUUUGCGAAUCGAUUGGCGCAAAAUUUUUGGCGAUCGAUGCAAAAACUCAGACGUGUUUGACUGACGAUUUUGUCGAAUUUUUCGAACAACAAAUGUUGGGCGGAAGACAGAGGUUUGUUGGAGGAACAAAAAUUUGAAAUUUUCUAAAUUCAAUUUCACAAGGCUCAAAAGUUCAUUGGAAUGAUAAUUUUAAAUCGAAAAUUUUCGCGAAAUUUCUACGUGCAUUUAUAAAAUUUUCGAAUAGGUUUUAUUUUUUAAAAAUUCACUGUUUCAACAUUUUUAUGAAAAAAAAUUCGGUGUUUGAGAAUUUCGAUUUCAAACGGAGUGACGUUAAAAAAUAAAUUUCUGAACAAAUUACUGUUUCAAAAUUUCAAAUUUUAGCUGAGUAACCCUUGAAAAGCUCCUGAAAAAAAUCACCACAAAAACCACGUCAUUUUAUUAUUGCAAACCAGUUUUCAUCGAUUAAUCAUCAUUUUUUUCUUCACGGGCUCAAAUCGGUAGCUCCCCAUUUUUCUCUGUGCUCAAAUUGUGUUUACUCCCUGCCUCGCCCCCACGACAUACUGUGCUGCUCUUGAUUUUUGUGCGCACAAAACCUUUUUUUCUAUUUUUGAGCAAGCAAAUAUUGCGCGAGUUAUAAUAACUUAUAACUUUGUGUGUGUGACCAAUUUUGGAUUGUUUCCAGAGAAAUGGCGAAAAAUGAGCCGGAAUAUGCGGAAAUUUCGAAUUUUUCAUCGCGGACUUCGCCCAACUCGACUACCUCUAAUAAUAAUGUGCAAAAAGAGUUUGAGGAACUUGGAGAAGAGCAUAUUCGACCGAAAAGUUUGAAUUUGAUUGGAGCAGGAAAUUCGAGUGGAAAUGGCAAUUGUGAGUUGUUUUUUUGCGCGGCAAAUUUGAAUUUGACGCUGAAGGAUACCCAAUUUGAAAUUUUUUUUAGCUAAUCUAAAAAGGUUGAAAAAAUUCAGGAUUUUUUACGUUUUAAAAUUUUUAUGUCUAAAAUUUUCAACUAUUUGUUUGAUGAUAUCCCGCUGCCGAAUCAUUCAUAAAAAAAUUGACUAAAAAAUGCUGGGCUCGAAAAUUUGGGCUCGAAAUUCUGAAAUUUUUUAUUCAAAAUUUUACUGUUUCAAAAUUGUAUGAAACAUAUUUUUAUUUAAUUUCAGUUUGAUUUUGCCCCAGCAAAUUCUGGAUUUUUUUUACUGUUUCAAAGUUAUUUUAUAGAAAAUUUUCAAUUCACUUUUUGCUGAGAAAUAAAAAGGGAUCACAAAAAAUAAUUCAACUACGAAAUUUGAGCUCGAAAAUUCUGAAAAUUGUAUUCCAGUCAAUUUUGGCGUAAAAAUUAGGAUAUUAGGAUUUUUUACGUUUUAAAAUUUUCAUACAAAAAAUUUUGAAUUCAGUUUUUGUUGCAUUAUUGGAACCAGAAUCAUUUAAAAAAUUGACUUCUAAAUUUGAGUUCAAAAUUCUGAAAUUUUUUUAUUAAAAAAAACUUUUUUCGCAAGUUUCCGCGAAGUUACCAUAACUAUUAUUUACAGUAAUCUUGGACCAUCGAAACAUCAAAAAACUGCCGCUUAAAAUGCGCGAAGCCCGGAUUAGCCGGAGUGGCCCAAUUCUAAUGCCAUCCCGAAAAAAGCCCGAAAUUCAAGUUGCACCAUUAGCAACACCAGAAGCCAUUGAAAUUGCACCCGAAUAUUCACAAGUCAAAGAUGCGCUAAGUUCUUCCGAUUAUGAAACAUUGGAAUUUUUGGCUGAAAAUGAGAAUCGGAAAAAUAAUAAAUCGCUGUUGGAUUUGCCGAGUAAUAGUGGUGAGUUGUUUUUGGCAGACCUGUCGUUUUUGGGCGGCCGGGCCGGGCCAGUCCUUCAAAAUUCAAAAAAUGCGGGCUAUUUCGGCCCUCCGGCCCUUCUUUUUUUAUGAGAGGCUGUUUCAGCCCUUUUUUCGGCCCUUCAUAAAUUUUUGAUGACAAUUCGGGAUUUUUACAAAUGAAUGAUUUUGCUCAAAUUUUCUGCAUUUGGGCGAAUUUCGUAAAUCAGAAUAACUUAAAUUGGUGUUAGUGCACCAAUAUUUCUUCGAAGUACUGUUUUGGUGCAGGAUCGUAAUGGUGUAACACAUGAAUUUCAAUAAAUUUUACUUUUAUUAUCAAUCCACUAUCAGAAACACGAAAUACGGCAAUUUUCUUCCGCCAAAAUGCAAAAAUUCGAAAGAAACACCAUUGAAAAAUAGUGGAUUUACACAAUAAAAUUUGUUUGAAAGGCCGGGCUGAGCCAGCCCAUUUUCCCUAUUUGGGCUGGCUAGGCCGGCCCUUCAAAUGGCUGGCCCGAGGGCCGCAAAUAGCCGCAAAACGACAGGUCUGGUUUUUGGGUGGGAAAAAAUUCUGAAAAGUUUCACUGUUUCAAAAUUGUAUGAAAAUUAUUUGAGUUUUUUUGAAAAUUUGAUUGAACAAUAGGGUCAAUAUCCAAAAAAAUCUGGAAAUUUUUCACUGUUUCAGGAUUUUCAAAUAUUAUGUGUGCAAAAAAAAAUGAGAACGCAAAAAAAAAAUUAUUUUGAAAAAAUAUCUACCGUAGUUCUUCCCCCCCCCCUCUCGUUUAUUUUCGUCGUGACGAGACCGUGUGUGUUUCGCGUGCUGCGCCUUUCAAAAACUACGGUGUUUUUUGUUUUUUUUUUCCGGAUUUUCGAGGUUUUCGAUGUUUCUACAUGAAAUAAAGGCAGAAAUCAACCAAAUUGAUAACAAAAUGAAGAAUAAAGAAGGUUCAACUCUGUUGGAAGCAGAAAAUAUUAUGAAAGGAGAUUUUUAAGUACUUUAUAGAAGAAAAACCCGUUUUCCUCUUCAAAAUUGCGAAAAUGAAGCAAAUUCAUCUUUGAAUUUGUUCUAAAUCCCUUCCUCCUUGUUUCUCAAGUUUGAAAUUCCUCCUUUUGACCGGUAAUAGCCCCAAAACAUCCUAAAAACGGCCUUUUUUCGAUGCAAAUUAAAGGCGCAUCGAUUUUUUGAAGGUGUGUGUCUCGUCGCGACAAAAAUGAAGGGGGAGGACAGAACUACGGUCACUUAUUUUUUUUUGAAUUUUUGUUUUUUUGCGUUCUCAUUUUUUUUUGCACACAUAAUAAUAAUUUUUGAAUUCAGAAAUUUUGAUUCACCAAUAGCCCACUCUAGAACAUAUUCCUUGAAAACUACGUUUCAAAAUUAUGCUAUUAAAAAUUCUUAAAUGAAAAUUUUCGAUCAGUAUUCAAAAAUUGGUGUUCAAACAAAAAUUCUGAAAAAUUUUACUUUCACAGGAUUUUCGAGUAAUAAUUUUUGAAUAAAUAUUUUUAAAAAAAUUUUACUGUUUCAGAGAUUUCAUAUAAAAUUUAAAAUGUUUUAUUUUUAAUUGAUACAUCGUUCCUAAUAUAGAAACCCGAAAAAUCUUUCUGUAAAAAUAUUCCAAAAAAUACGUUUCGCAAUUUUCAUUUCAAAAUUUCUUGAAUUAAAAUUUUUAAUGCACUUGUAUUAAUUUUUUCAAAAAUGAAUUUUCAAAUAAAAAACCCUGAAAAUAUUUACUGUUUCAACAAUUUCCAAAUGAAAUGUUUGUUUUCUGAUAAUUUGAUAGUUCAUCUUUAUAUCCUGGAAAAAUUGACUUUCAAAAUAAAUCCUGAAAAAAUUACUGUUUCAAAAUUUUCAUUUGGAAAUUUCUCAAAUUAAAAUUUUUGAUUUUUUUUUUCUUAUACGGAAUAUUUUUUUAUAAUUUUGAAAAAAAAAUUUCGCAAAACUUUAAUAAAAUCAAUAUUUCGGUGACAAUUUUCACAUUAAAAAUCCCAUUUGACUCUCUUUGUAUAUCAAAUUUUUAAUCGCUAAAAACAUUUUCCAAAAAAAAAAUCAUUGUAAAUCUAUCGUGAUGUGUUUCGCAUUUUUGUUCUCAAAUUCAGCUCAAGAUCAACAACAUCGUCGACCAUAUCGAAAUGCUUCUCGAAUUUCGGGAUUUUCUCGAACAACUUGUCUCUCAACUUCACCAGAUCCAUCAAAUCGACUACACAGAACUGAACCUAUUCGAACUCCGAUUCCAACAACAUCGAGACAAUCAAUGAGUGCGGAAAGCCUUGCGGAACUACUCAAAAAUGAGCAGAAGAUGAGCAAAAAGGUGCGAAAUAAUCGAUUUGUGCGGAAGGUUGCGACAAGUUUCCGAUUCCGCAAGGAUAAAUUGGAAGAGGCGCGGAAUGAGCAGAAUUUGAAGAUUGAAAGUUCGAGGAGUUUGCCACAGUCGCCACAUUUGGAGAGGAAAAAAUGUAUGUUGUGAUUGUGUUUUUUUUUAAUUUUGGCACGAAAAUUUCAGUCAUUUUGAGACCAAAUAUGCCUAUCGUACUGUUGAAAAUUUCAAGGAACAUGAUAAGAAAAUCUACAGUAAUCUGAUCAUUUUGAGACCAAAAAAGAUUAUCUACCUUUUUAAUUAUUCCUUUAAAAUUUAGGUCUCAAAACGAUUGGGUUACUGUAGGUUAUAAAUUUUUGAUCCUUUUGAGACCAAUUACUCUGAGGUUCUGUGUAAAGGAACAUGGUUUUUGGUUUCAAAAUUAUCAGAAUUUGAAAAUCUACAGUAACCCCACGAAUUUUUAAAGGAACAUACUCCAAAUUUGACCUGAAAUCUGAUCAAAUAUAUUACUGUAGGAUGUUUAAAGGGACAUAUCUCUAAAGCUAAAAAAGAGCAUGUCUCUUUAAACUUUCUACAGUAAGAUAGGCUUAUUUGGUCUCAAAAUUACCGGGAUUUCAAAAUAUACAGUAAUCAUAUUAUUUUUUAAAGGAACAUAAUAUUGUUUGAUUUCAAAAUUAGCAGAAUUUCAAACUCUUCAGUAUCCCCCACUAAUUUUCAAAGGAACAUACCGUUUUUUCCAGACAAUCCACCUGAAAAGAUCUCGAGUGCCUUUUCUUGGCUUCCCAGUCGCUCUCCAAAACACUCAAAAUCACAAAAAAGUUCAACAUGCGAACUAAAUUCGAGCUCAAUUUCGAGCAGUUCCACCUCGAAUUCAUCUGCUGCCGCCACAAUUCAAGGAGUUAUUGGAAUUGAUGAGAAUAUUGAAACACUGUGUAAAUCGGCCGAAAAUGGAAUACCAGUUUAUGUGCAGAAAUGUGUACAGUUUAUUGAGAUGGUGAGUGAUUAUAAACUUUUUUGCCACGUGGCUUUUUGGUGGGAAAAUUUGAAUGUCAAAUUUUUAACGCAUUAAAAAAAUAGAAAGGCGUGAAAUUCAAAUUUUAAAGGAACAUAGUCGUGUUUAGUGUCAAAAAAUCGCAAUUUUUUUCUUUUUCAGAACGGCGGAUUUGAACAAGAAGGUCUCUACCGAGUUCCCGGAAAUCAAGCGCAUUUAUCCGAAGUCGAAAAACGUUUCCUGGCAACCGGCGAAUUCAACGUGUCCUCCGUGGAUUGUCCAGUCCACGUGGCAGCGACAGCUCUCAAAAACUUCUUCAGUUGUCUGCCAGAACCAAUAAUUCCUCAAGAAUUCCACCAGAAGCUCAAACUUCUCACAAUCAUAUCUGAAAAUGCUGAAAAAUCGCGAAAAUUGGCUGAAAUUUUGGACGAAUUUCCGAUUGCCAAUCGAAAAACUCUCGGAUUUCUGAUUAAACAUUUGGAAAAAGUGGCGAAUUCACCGAAAACUGUGAUGGAUUUGAAGAAUUUGUCAAAAGUCUGGUUUCCCACACUUUUCCGCCCUUCAUUUGACACGUAUGAAGCGUUGUCGUCCGGAAUGACCGCCUUCCAAUUGGCCAUGGAAGUUUGUUUUGAACAUGGAUCUCUUUUUUGA